UUCUCCGGCACCCGCGACUUAACAGUAGAUCCUCCCUGAAAUUCCAGAUCUCAUACAUUCUCGGCUUCGUCUCAGCAAUGUCGAUGGAUUCCGAAGAUCCGAUGGACGAAGCUUCACCGGUCACCGGACUUCUCCCACUGGCGUCGGCUGCACAACAACCUUACAUCUCCGAACUCCUUUCUUUCACUCUCGAUCGUCUUCACAAAGAACCGGAGCUUCUGAGAGUGGAUGCGGAGAGAAUUCGGAGGCAGAUGCAAGAGGUUGCCGUUGGAAACUACCGUGCCUUCAUUUCUGCUGCUGAUGCACUACAUGCGAUUCGGGAAGAAGUUUCUUCUGUUGAUAAGCAUCUUGACUCCUUGCUCAAUGAGAUACCUAAGCUAACUUCAGGUUGCAGUGAGUUCAGCACCUCUGCAGAACAUAUCUUGGAGAAAAGGAAGAUGAAUCAAACAUUGCUUGCAAACCAUAGUACUCUGCUUGACUUGCUUGAAAUUCCUCAGCUAAUGGACACAUGUGUGAGAAAUGGAAACUAUGAUGAAGCUCUUGAUUUAGAAGCAUUUGUUUCCAAGCUUUCAGCAAUGCACCCCAAGUUACCAGUCAUUCAAGCCCUUGCUGCAGAAGUCCGGCAGACCACCCAAUCUCUUCUUUCUCAGCUUCUCCAAAGACUUAGGUCAAACAUUCAGUUGCCAGAAUGCCUGCGUAUCAUUGGAUACUUGCGUCGUAUAGGGGUGUUCAAUGAGUAUGAGAUGCGCUUACAGUUUCUAAGGUGCCGUCAGGCAUGGCUUUCUGGGAUCCUUGAUGACUUGGACCAGAGAAAUGCUUAUGAAUACCUCAAAGGGAUGGUAAAUUGUCAUCGGAUGCAUCUCUUUGAUGUUGUUAACCAGUACCGUGCGAUAUUUGCUGAUGAUACUUCCGGAAGGGAAGAAAACUAUGAUGGUGGGCUUCUCUUCAGUUGGGCCAUGCAUCAAAUUUCUUCCCACCUUAGAACUUUAAAGAUGAUGCUACCGAAGAUCACUGAAGGAGGUUCUUUAUCAAACAUUCUUGAUCAAUGCAUGUAUUGUGCUAUGGGCCUUGGUUGGGUUGGAUUGGACUUCCGCGGCUUGCUUCCCCCUCUUUUUGAAGAGGUGGUCCUAAAUCUGUUUUCAAAGAACAUGAAUGCAGCUGUUGAGAAUUUCCAGUUGGUCCUUGAUUCUCAUCGCUGGGUUCCAUUACCAGCAGUCGGCUUUCCUACCAGCAGUUUGAGUGAAGAAAGUCAUGAAGAUGUUACUCCUCCCUCAAGUCUAAUGGAGCACCCACCUCUGGCUGUCUUUGUUAAUGGUGUCUCUGUGGCAAUGAAUGAGUUACGACCUUGCGCUCCCUUGAGUUUAAAACAUGUGCUUGCACAAGAACUGGUUAAAGGAUUGCAGGGUGUUUCUGAUGCUUUACUGAGAUAUAACACUACGCGCAUGCUUCGGGAAAAUGAAUCUCUCCUUUUCCUAUCACUAUGUCGAGCAUUUAUUGAGGUUGCUUUCCCACACAGUGUUACUUGUUUUGGUCGUUGUUAUCCGGGUGGAGCUGCUCUUAUAGCCGAUGCCACAACUCUAUUCGAUGGAAUUAGCCGAUUAUUGGCAACCUCUUCAGGAUCCUCCAGAGAAGUUCCAAAACCAGUUGGUAAUUCAGAGGCCAACAGUACAUCAGAAAAUGGCGACGCACCUAAGAAGGAAAAUGGGGAAAUUCCUAGUAGUGAACAACCCGAGAGUAGGAACGCAGAAGAGGAACCCAAUAAUGUCCCCUCAGAAAACGAGGAGAAGCCUGGUAAUUUAUCAUCAUGAUGAUGCAUUUUGAAAGUCAGUUUAUAUUAUUAAUGAUGAAAUACUAAAAAGACUCAGAUAUAUGCUUUUUUUUCCUUUUCAAUUGUGAUUGUGGCUGAUUCAUUUUGAUCACAUGGGCUUGUAACAUAUUUGAGAAUAUAAGAGCACAUGUAUGGAAAAAAACCUAAUAAGAGCAGCGUGAUACAAAAAUAUACCAUAAAUUAACCUAUUCUUAUUUC